GUCAACUUCAUACCAUCACUAGUUAAUUAAUUUGAAAUUAGUAUGGAAGAAGUCAAUUCUCGACCUCAUGUAUUGUUACCCUUACAAACAUUUCUAGAUACUCAAACUAAAUUUAUAGAGCUGCUGAUUCCGGAAUUAAAACAGAGUGGAUCCGGAGUUAACUUGAAUAAUGUUAAACAAUUUGAUGAAUUAUUAACUCACCUUGAAACUUCAUUUGCGGCUAAUUUUGAAAGUUCAUAUGAUUCUCAAUAUUCUUAUACUAAUCUUCGAAUUCCUUCGGUAGAUAUUCUUCGAGUAAUAUUUACAUUAGCUUCAAGAUGUCCAAGUAGUAAUUGGACUGAUAAUACAACAUCAAUAGAUGGAUUACAAACUACCAAUGAACAAGUUAGAGCUUUAAAUGAAGAUUAUUUUAAUAGUAUUCAUAAACCUCCUUUACAAAAUAGAAGUAUUUGGUUACUUAAGACUUAUUUUAGUAUUAUUAGUCAUCAAAUAAAUUCAGAAGAUCCAAUAAUUAAAUUAUUAUACGAACGUAUAAUUGAAGUAUUACAAGAUUUUAUAGUAAGAAAUCGAUCAGUAAUUAGAUCUCCAGUGAGGAAUUCAAAUCCUACUAUUAGAAUAAGUAAGAAACUGCCAAUUACUCCUAGUAAGGGAGAUAUUUUAAGUUAUUUCAGUAGUAGUCCUACUGAACGAAAGAGUGUAACAAGGACAACAACUCCUAUAAAGAAAGAACAAGAAAACAAACAAGAUGAACAAAUAAGUGAUUCUGAAGAGACUAUACUGGAUUUAAAUAAUGAGAUCAUAGGAGCCAUAGAUAUGGAAAGAGAAUUAAGUAAAUUUCAAAGUUAUAAUAUGUCACCUCCUAAACCUUUAUCAAGAAAUUUACUACCUACAGGUGAGAAUCUGACAACUUCAGAAGCUCUUUUAAAUAGUAUAUCUAAGGAUAAUACAAAGUCCAAUAAUAGAAAUAGAGAUAAUACCUUAUCACCAUCUGUAUUUCCAAAUUGGCAUACAAUACGAGUAUUUGAUGAUAAUAUCUUAAGUAUGAAACUAAAUCCUCGAUUGAAUAGACAAUUUAAUUUAUGGCAAUUAGUUAAUUGGACAUUUUAUUGUGCCCAAAGAUCUACUGAGUUACAAAGGCAAACUCCAAACUCAAACUAUUCAUCAUUUCAUAUUAUUUAUACGGCCCAUCGAGAUAUAAUAGAUAUGAUAUUUGAUGUUUUAUCAUUGAACUUUCAUAGAAUUAUUGAAACGGCUACUUGGGUUCAGAAAUUUAAAGGUAGUAAUACAUUACCUAAGAUGGUUGAUGAAUCAGAUGAAAUCUUAUUUCUGAAGCUUAUGACUCAAUUGGGUGCUUCACAAAGAGAUUGGUAUGAUAGAGCAAUUGAAUAUGUAUUUAAUGGAUUAGGAUCUAGAAGUAAAGAACCUCCUAGAUCAUGUUAUGAUCGAGAAAAGGGAUUAAUUACUCAUGAUCAUUCUAUGAAAGAGAAGUUUCAGAAUUAUAAUUUUGGUGAUCUUUAUGAAUCGAAUGAUAAUUAUAACUCGAUGAAGUCAAGAUUUAAAAUCUGUUGUCAGUUAUAUUAUUGGUCAACUUUCUUUCUGGAUAUAAAUGAAUCCACCUUGUUUGAACCUUUAAGUAAGAGAGAAUUACUUACUCAAUUAGAAUUUAAAUUCACAGCAAUUGAUUAUCAUUAUUUAAUAAAAUUUUAUUGUUCCUUCAAACUGGUUGAUUCUAUUGUUCCUAUAGAUAUCAGACAUUCAUUUUUAGAAGAACUUAGUAAUGUUUUAAUAUUAGAAAUUACUAAAACUGUUGAAGAAGAUGCAUUUAUUAUUGGUAAUGAAGGUGGUGGACAAAUUGAUAAUAUAUUAAAAUUUUUAAAUGCCAUUAAUGAUGAAUAUAUAUGGUCAGCAGUUGUAGAGGAUGAGACUUAUACAUCAUAUGAAUCAUUUAUUCAACAAUGGAUAAAGGUUAAUUUCUUAUUUGAAUGGUUAAUUAAUGAAGCAUUUGAAAAGUAUUCAGUAAUAAUUACAAGUAAUUCAUUAAGUUCUCGACAAGUUUAUACAUCCUUAAGUGCAGUGCAUAUCAAAUGUAAAGAAGUAGAUAAAUUUAGAAUUCACUUAUUUGAAAAGUUUUUGAAUUAUCAUCACACCAAUCAGGAAAAUUUAAUAUUAAGUAAACAACAAAUUGACAUUGAAAAGAAGAAAGUUUACAUUAAUAAAUUCCAAGAUAUCUUUUCUAAUUGGUUUCAUAAAUAUUUUGAAGCGAUAGACUAGAUGAUAUAUUUUAUUAUUUAUUUAUUUAUAUUCUUUUCUUGUAUAUACUGU